GCAUUAAAGUAUAGAUGUUCAUUUGAUACACUUAGACCACAAGGUAUAAAAUGCGAUGGGAUUAGCGUGUUAGUUUAUUAACAUCUUCAAUACUUAUUGUAUAACAUCCAACUUCCAAUUUUGUGCAAAAAAACCAUGAAAAUGAUCGCAACUAUCUUCGUUGUCUUUGCUUUUGCUUAUUCAGCUCUUGGUGAAUGUCCAACUCCUCCAGUCGCUCCUGACGAUGCAGACGUUGCCAGGAUUGUCGGUCGUUGGUAUGAAAUCGCUCGACCAACUACUGCCUCUGAAAAUGGUCUAACCUGCGUUACAUGCAAUGUUACUCCUCGCGAUGAUGGAGACUUCAACAUUACCAAUUUGGGAACCAAACCUGAUGGUUCAAUGGCUAGUGAAUAUGCUAUAGCCAAACGCACCAGCAGUCAAAGUUUGCUUCACAUCAACCCAAUCGCAAUCAAGAUUCCAUUCGCAAUUCCAUUCAAUAUAGCCGCUACUGAUUACGAUAACUAUCUGGUUGCCUACACUUGUCUUCGUGACGUUAAACGCGGUUGGAUUUUAUCCAGAAGCAACAGCAUGUCGGAAGCACAGCUCACUGAAUUGACCAAUUUGUUAGCAACUAAAUAUGGAGUUUCACUCGAUGAAACUGAAUUCACAAGUCACAAGGACUGUAAAUAUUGGCCAGCCUGAUGAGCGAUUAUAUUGAAACUGCAAGUAAACUUGAAAUUCAUUGUAAUGGUAGACUAAUGCAAUCUAAAUAAAUGAACGAUAAAUAAUGCAAA